AUGUGUUUCUACAACCAGAAGAGAUUCGCCUGCGGAGACUACUGCUGGACCAACUUUGCCUACCAGUGCAAUUGGGAGUACCGCACUGGUGAAACAUGUGGAAUGAGGCUCGUACACGCAACCGAUGAAGAUAAUACCACAAAGUGUCGCCUCUGCGAGAAGAUAAUGACCAAGGUCCGCCGACGAGACGCCGAGCUGGACCGACUGAAUCGAUGGAAACGCGAGGGAAGCACGCUCGUGGCGUCCAUGGACAAGUCUCGGAAACUCAUCAACGAUCUCGAAAACGAAAUUAACGAGCUGGUAAAACAGCGAGAAGACAGAAGAAAGGCGUUCUGA